AUGAUAGAACAAGCUAAAAAUACAAAUUUCCAACUAAGAAGAAGUGAUAGUUUUAAUUCAAAUGUAGACAUAAAUAAGUAUAAUAAAAGCUGGGCUGAAGUUUUAUCGAACAUGAAUCGUUAUAAAAUUAUUGAUAUAAGAGACCCUGUUAACUAUCAAAUGUAUCGAGUAAAGGGAUCUCUUAAUUUAAGAUCAUUAGAAGAAAUUAAACAGAAAAAUAUAAAUGGUCCUCUUAUAAUUAGCUGUUAUAAAGGUAGGAGUAGUCCAAGUUUUGCUUUACGUCUAAGAGAGGAAGGUUAUGAAGCUUAUUCUGUUAAGAAAGGAAUUGAAGGAUUCAAAGAAGAAACAAAUUUUAAAAUAAUCUAA